GAACAUUUGCAGUUGGUGAUGUUGUCGUCUCAGCUUUGCUUACUAGAGACACAAGAUCCUGAGGGAAGUUAGGCCAGGGGUUAGCUUCUCUCCAAGUUUCCCUCUUUUUUUCUAUUCACUUGGAAUCAAAGCAAAGGUUUUUUUCAGUUGAUUCUUGGUCACCAUCUCCAACCCAACUUCACCUUCCUCUCUGCUCUCCACUCCCUUCCUAUUUCUACUUUCAUUUUUAUUCUACUUUUUCUUCAUUCUGACACCUUGGGUUACCUCUUUUUCUAGGUUUAAGUCCUUGUAUUUGUGUUCUUCUUUAUUGGUUUUGAGCAGCCUCAGAUGCACAGGCUUCUGGUAUUUUGUUUCUCAACCACUUCAUAUGAUUGUUGUUUGCUCAUGAAAAUCUUGCUGCUAUCGUUUCCCCCCGUAUAAUAUUUGUGAUUCAUCGGUUUCAUGCGACUUGUGUUGAGGAGGUAUUGCCGUAUUGAUGCUAUUAGAGUGGCUGAAUUCAUUUAGUUUUUGGAGUUUGUUUUAGAAUCAUGAAUACACGUUACUUGUUUCAACCGGAUUCGUUCUAUGAUUCGAGCGCCGCUAUUUCGUCGAAUUCCCCUGGAGGAGAAGAUAGGACGGCUGCGGCGAGUUUGCGGAACAGGCCUCAUCGUGCCGCGUUGUCUUCACUCUUGAUAAGGGUGGCGAUAAGGAUGUCUAGAGCGAGGUGGUUUACGUUCUUGAGAAGAGUCUUCCACUACCAAAACGGAUCGAGGUCUGACCUCGGGUCCAAUCCUUUCAAUUCCGGUACUUGGAUGAUGCUGGAGUUAUUGGCUUUGGUGAUUCAGAUUACCAUCACCACAUUCACUUUGGUCAUUUCGAAGAAGGAGAAGCCUGUUGUGCCUAUGAGGAUAUGGAUUGUUUGCUAUGACAUCGGUUGUGCCCUCAGUUUGUUACUUCUUUACGGUCGCUACCGCCAACUUCACAUCACGCAAGGAGACGGUUUUGGCCUUUCCGACAUCGAGCAGCAGAGGACGAAUGAGGAAUCGAGUAUGUUUAGGUGCUCACAUUUGAUGAACAAGUGCCGGACAUCGCUAGAGCUGUUUUUCGCGAUUUGGUUCGUGAUGGGGAACGUAUGGGUGUUUGAUUCUCGAUUCGGAUUCUUCCAUCAAGCUCCAAACCUUCACGUGCUCUGCAUCUCAUUGCUAGCUUGGAAUGCUCUGUGCUACUCUUUCCCAUUCCUGCUGUUCCUACUCCUAUGUUGUUGUGUGCCACUCAUUAGCAGCCUCCUAGGUUACAACAUGAACAUGGGUUCCACUGAUAGAGGGGCAUCGGAUGAUCAAAUCUCCAACCUGCCUAGUUGGAAAUACAAAGCAAUCAACACCAACUCGGAGCUCGAUCAUGCUUCGGACUGCACCCCGAGAAACGCAAAAGAAGAUCCAGAAUGCUGUAUUUGCCUAGCGAAGUACAAAGACAAAGAAGAAGUGAGACAGUUGCCAUGUUCACACAUGUUUCACCUCAAGUGUGUGGAUCAAUGGCUCAGAAUUAUAUCUUGCUGUCCUCUUUGCAAACAAGAACUGGAGAGAUAGAA